AUGGCGAUCACUACAUCUAUCAAUACUUUUUAUUCAAUUUCUCGUAAAAUUCAUCGUAGCACGAAUAAACAUGUUCUAAAGUCAAAAGUAUUAAGCAAAAGACAAAAAACUGAUUUGAAUAAUGAAUCAAACAAUUCUUCUACAAAUUCAUAUAAUUAUAAUAAGGAAAAUCAAUCUAAUUUAUCAAGUGAUACUGUAAGCCCACCUAUUACUAAACCAGUCUAUUCAUCAGAAGGUUAUAGUAAUGCUGCAGAUAAACGGUCUAAUUUAAUAACAGAAUCUAAUCAACUUUUUACUACCUUUGAAGAUAAUCAAACUAAACCUACAGAUAAACCUUCAAGAGAUAUUAGUAUGCUAAAGAGUGUUUUUACUUCCUCAAAAGUUCAUCAAGAUCCUACUACUUUAAUAGACAAUCUACAAACUAUAUCGAAUAAUCCCGUUACUUCUUCAGAUAUAAAGACAAAGAAGAGAGAUACUACUGAACAAUUUUCAAAAGCAGAUGAAAAAAUCACUGCAAUGACUGAAAAUUUUGUUGCAACGACCAACAGUGAUGCUGCAACUGCUAAGCAACAAAGCACGAUUACCAAUUGGGAUCCUAUAACUACAACAAAUCAAGCUCCCACUACUACAGAAAAUCAAGAUAUAACUACUGAUAAAGAGAUAAUUCCUGCCACUUCAGACACUAUAAUCACUACUGAAAAACCUACAACCACUGAGGAGCCUAAAACUACUGAAAAACCUACAACUACUGAGGAGCCUAAAACUACCGAAAAGCCUGCAACUACUGAAAAGCCUACAACUACUGAAGAGCCUACAACUACUGAAGAGCCUACAACUACUGAAAAGCCUGCAACUACCGAGAAGCCUGCAACUACCGAAAAGCCUGCAACUACUGAGGAGCCUACAACUACUAAAGAAACUACUACUACGACUACAACUGUGGAUCAUACAACUACUGAAAAACCAACAACUACCGAGAAGCCUACAACUACAGAAAAGCCCUCAACUUCUACUACCACCACCACUACUACUACCACCACUACUACCACCACCACCACCACCACCACCACUACUACUACUACUACUAGCCGUUCAAUUAUAGCUUCUAGUUCUUCCUCUAUUGUAUCUUCUACUACUCUCUCAUCAUCAGUUGCUAGUCAAAGUCUUAUUUUCCCUACUAUAAGUAGUAGUUCAUCAAAUAUUUUUGUUUCUCCUACGAGUACCCUUAUUCCUUCCUUAUCUUUAUCUAGUAGUAAUUCUUUGCCUAUAGUUUCAUCUACUAUAAGCCAAACAGGAACAACAUCUCUUAGUAUGUUACCCUUUGCUACUUCUUCCCAAGCAUCACCUACAAGUAGUCUUAAUAUUAAUAAUAAUGCUGCUAGAUCUUCUUCUACAAAUAAAGGUGCUAUUAUUGGUGGUGUUGUAGGUGGUGUUGGUGGUGCUGCAGUUUUAGAAAAUACAACCCCCUCUAAUUGGAGAAGCACAACUUCUACUGAUGCUCGUGCUUUCGUACCACCAGCUGCUGCUGCAGCAGCUGCUACUACUACUCCCACAACAAAUGUCAUGUCACCUUACACAGAUGAUUAUGGCUCACCUCAACCAGCUACUGAUGAUGGCUAUUAUUAUCCACCUGCCCCAGCUGGUACUGGUUAUCAAGAAGAUGUCGAUUAUUAUAAUAAUGCGGGUUAUUAUAACGGACAUGGUGAAGGAGUAAGCCAUGUAGGUAGUGAUCAAUAUGGUGAUCAUAUUUAUUUCAAUGAAGGAUAUGCUACAGAUGCUGCUGUUGGCGUUCCUGGCAUGGCUCUUGGUGGUGACAGCUAUAAGACAUCUAUCGCAGGCGGUGAAAAGACAUUUAUACCAUCAAUGGACGGUAAUGAUUCUCAUCAUGUCUUUAGUAAGCCUGAUGCUAGAGAAUAA